UGCUGGGGAUGUAGCUCAGGGCAAAGAAUCUGGGUUCAGUCUCCAGCGCUGGGGGCGGGCGGAGUCACGGGCGCCAACUGGCAGUCCCGGUAGAGGUCAGGCCAUGCCGCUGCUCGCUGCUCGGCCAGCCCUGCGCGAGGCAGCUGCUCUCGCUGUGCUCCACAGGACUCCGGGCACUUCUGGGAGGGGGCAGCCGGGUAGAAAUGGGUUCCAACGGGCGGAAGCUGCAGUUCCCCGCGGCGCCAGCGGCCACGCUCCGCCCCCUGCCGGCCGCUCCGCAGGUCGCCUGUCCCGCCCCCUGCCGGCCGGCCGCGGGACCGCCCAGGGCACGGCCGCUGACCGCGCGUGAGGCGCCGGGCAGCUUAGCCGCGAUCUCCAGGUCCCAAGCCCCAGGCUCCAGGCCCCAGGCCCCAGGCCGGCCGCUCCCCCGCCGAGGCGCGGCGCAGUCGGGGCACCCUCCCGCCAUGAAGCGGGGGCUAAUCGUGGGCGCCGGGUUGACAGGAAGCCUGUGCGCUGCGCUGCUGAGAAAAGAGGUGUCCGGUCCGCUCUACCUCGCUGUGUGGGACAAGGCUGGCGACUCGGGGGGAAGAAUGACUACAGCCAGCAGUCCUCAUAAUCCGCACUGCACAGCUGAUUUGGGUGCUCAGUACGUGACCUGCACUCCUCAUUAUGCUAAAAAACACCAAACUUUUUAUGAUGAACUGUUAGCUCAUGGCAUUUUGAAGCCUCUGGCCUCUCCUAUUGAAGGAAUGAUGGUGAAAGAAGGAGACCAUAACUUUGUGGCCCCUCAAGGAAUUUCUUCAGUUGUUAAGCACUACUUGAAACAGUCAGGUGCGGAAGUCCACUUCAGACAUUGUGUGACUCAGAUCAACCUGAGAAAUGGCAAAUGGGAAGUCUUCAAUGAAACAGGCUCCCCUGAGCAGUUUGAUUUUGUUGUCCUCACAAUGCCAGUUCCUCAGAUUCUGCAGCUUCAAGGGGACUUUGCUAACUUGAUUAGUGAAUGCCAAAGACAGCAACUGGAGUCUGUGAGCUACUCCUCUCGCUAUGCUCUGGGCCUCUUUUAUGAAGCUGGCACGAAGAUUGAUGUCCCUUGGGCUGGGCAGUACAUCACCGGUAAUCCCUGCAUACGCUUCGUCUCCAUUGAUAAUAAGAAGCGCAAUAUAGAGUCAUCAGAAAUCGGGCCUUCCCUGGUGAUUCACACCACAGUCCCAUUUGGAGUUACGUACUUGGAACACAGCGUUGAGGAUGUACAGGAGUUAAUCCUUCAGCAGCUGGAAAACAUUUUGCCAGGUUUGCCUCAGCCAGUUGCUAGCAAAUGCCACAAAUGGAGACAUUCGCAGGUUACAAGUGGUGCAGCAAAAUGCCCUGGCCAGAUGACUCUUCACCUCAAACCUUUGCUUGCAUGUGGAGGGGAUGGAUUCACUCAGUCCAACUUUGAUGGCUGCAUCACUUCUGCCCUAUGUCUUCUGGAAGCUUUGAGGAAUCAUAUUUAGUGCCUGGGUUCUUAUUCUUUACGGUUACUUUGGGUUUUUGUCUCACAAUUUUCUGUUAUUGAUUAUUUUGUUGAGAGAAAUUACUGGAAAAUUGUUCUUCACUUGUCAUUUUUCAUAUAGAGUAUAAAAUCAAUCUUAUAACUUUGACAGUUAUACUCCAUAUAAGAGUGAAAACGUCUUUUACCUUAUUCCUUUUCCACUUUUCUGAAAUGCCAGUCUUUGUUAGAAAAAAAAAAAAUGGUGCUUAGCAAUAAGAAAUAGACCGUCCCAAAAGCUGCAUUAAGAAUCAAAAGCAGCAGUUCAUGUUAUUAUUUAUCCCUUUAAAUCUUUGUUCUGAAUAAAGAAUAAUCAUUAUCAAACCCUCAUUUUAAGUCUCAAAUGUGUCCUUGAUUCAACUUUUUUUCAAAUUAGUGAGCUACAAGAGUUCUCCAAACUGGAAUCCACAAGGUAGUUUUUGCUGGUUAUUUAUUUCCCAACUUAUCAGAUGCCAUGGGGUUGUAAUUUGGAUGCUGACUUGACUAGUAAAGGAAAUUCCCUGCAGAUUUUCAGAAAAUAGCAAGAUUCAGUUUGAUUUUCCUAGUCAUAUAAUACUUUAUAAGCUUAAAACAGAUUCCAGUCUUAAUAUGAAAGAUUAAAAUCAAACAGUGAGAGAAAAAUAUAUCUCUUUAACUUGUGUUGUCUCCUGUAGCUGGUGCUGUUACCUUUGCAUGCUCUUAAGUAUGUGCCUUGGCAUUUAGACUGUGUCAAGUUUAAUGAAUUUUUGUGUCCAACCAAAAAUAUACUGAACUAGAAAAUAGAUGCACUUAAAAUAGUUCAGUUCUGCCAGUGUAGUUCAGCAUAUCACUCAUAUUUGUCAGGGACUCAACCCCAUGACUUGCAGGCUAGAGAAAAAUUGAUCCCCAGCCUUUUAAAACAAGCUACCUAUUGCUAAUUUGAAAAGUAAAGUGGUGAGUUUUGAAAGGAAAGGAAUUAGUGCAACCUCCCAGCAUAAAAAAGAAAAGUUCAACAAAAUACUCCUUACUUAGUAGUUCUUAAAGAUUGACACGUCCAUUGUCAUAUGGACACAUACAUGCACAGGCAAAACAUGCUUCUAGAGCUGUAAAGGGAGUUUUAAGAUCUUGUGCCAUAUUGUUAUAUGUUUCCUUUCAGCAAUAAAUUGCUAUAAAAAUUAAAA